UCACGUGGCCGCUGGUCACCGUCGCCACCACCCCCUCCUGCCCUGUUCUCUCUCUGGUCGGGUCCGGCGCGGCUGGCACCACGAGCGCCCGGCAGAGACUGAGGGAGAGAGAAAGAGGAGGGGAGGAGGAGGAUUCAGGGAGUAGGAGCUGGGGAGCCCUCCUGCGCCACAGAUUGUUGCUGCUCAAAGUGUGGUCCUCAGAAAAUUUCCAGAGACUUGGUGAAGAUACGAAAGCUAUCAGAAAGACUAUAGCACUAUUGUACUGUAUUUGCUGUUUUUCUUGCAGCUCAGUUGAGGGAUAACUCAGCUGAUCUUUAUUUCUUGAUUCUUUACUUCCGAUUGGCCAACCAAGACUUUUAUUUGGCAAACUCUGUUGUACAGAGCCUGACGUCAUCUAUGACCCAUAACAAGAGCACGCGUUUUCAAGUGUCAGUUAGAUUUGUGGAUCAGUAAAGUUUUCUUGAAAGGUGGUCACUCUUGGUGACAUUGUCCAGUUCUCACAAUGUAUCAUUCCUUAUCUGAAACUAGACAUCCUCUGCAGCCAGAAGAACAAGAAGUGGGUAUUGACCCCUUGUUGAGUUACUCACACAAGCCUGGAGGAGAUUCAAAUCAAAAUGGAAGAAGAACAAGUUCUACUUUAGACUCUGAUGGAACUUUUAACUCCUAUAGGAAAGAAUGGGAAGAACUAUUUGUAAACAACAAUUACUUGGCAACCAUAAGGCAGAAGGGGAUUAAUGGGCAGCUGAGAAGCAGCAGGUUCCGCAGCAUUUGCUGGAAGCUCUUUCUUUGUGUUCUUCCUCAAGAUAAAAGUCAGUGGAUAAAUAGAAUUAAAGAAUUAAGAGCAUGGUAUAGCAACAUUAAAGAAAUACAUAUCACAAACCCGAGGAAGGUUGUUGGCCAGCAAGACUUGAUGAUCAAUAAUCCCCUUUCCCAGGAUGAAGGGAGUCUUUGGAACAAAUUCUUCCAGGAUAAAGAACUUCGGUCAAUGAUUGAACAAGAUGUCAAAAGAACGUUUCCUGAAAUGCAGUUUUUCCAACAAGAAAAUGUGAGAAAAAUUCUUACAGAUGUUCUUUUCUGUUAUGCUAGAGAAAACGAGCAGUUGCUUUAUAAACAGGGCAUGCACGAGUUGUUGGCUCCAAUGGUCUUCACCCUCCACUGUGACCACCAAGCCUUUCUUCAUGCCAGCGAGUCUGCACAGCCAAGUGAGGAAAUGAAAACUCUCUUGAACCCUGAGUAUCUGGAACAUGAUGCCUAUGCAAUGUUCUCACAACUUAUGGAAACUGCUGAACCUUGGUUUUCUACUUUUGAGCAUGAUGGUCAAAAGGGGAAAGAAACGGUGAUGACUCCCAUCCCCUUUGCUAGACCACAGGAUUUGGGGCCAACAGUUGCUAUUGUUACUAAAGUCAACCAGAUCCAGGAUCAUCUACUGAAGAAGCAUGAUAUUGAGCUUUACAUGCACCUGAACAGACUAGAAAUUGCACCACAGAUAUAUGGGUUACGGUGGGUACGGCUGCUGUUUGGACGAGAGUUCCCCCUGCAGGAUCUUCUGGUGGUCUGGGAUGCCUUGUUUGCAGAUGGCCUCAGCCUGAGUUUGGUUGAUUAUAUCUUCAUAGCCAUGUUACUCUACAUCCGAGAUGCUUUGAUCUCUAGUAACUACCAGACCUGCCUUGGCCUUCUGAUGCAUUACCCACUCAUCGGGGAUGUUCACUCACUGAUUCUUAAGGCUCUGUUCCUUCGCGAUCCCAAGAGAAAUCCAAGACCAGUGACUUAUCAAUUCCAUCCAAAUUUAGAUUAUUACAAAGCCCGAGGAGCAGACCUCAUGAAUAAAAGCCGGACCAGUGCCAAAGGUGCUCCCCUGAAUAUAAAUAAGGUCUCUACUAGCCUGAUGAAUUUUGGAAGAAAGUUGAUUUCUCCGGCAACGGCCCCAGGUGGUGCGGAUGGCCCAGUACCGGGAGGCAGUGGUGGUACCUCCUCCCCGGCUGUGGUUCCCACCAGGACCCUAGCAGAGGCCCCCAAGCAUCCUCUGCAGCAGCAGCAGAGGCUGAUGAAAUCAGAAAGCAUGCCAGUGCAGCUGAACAAAGGCGAUGUAGUUACAGGAAGCGAUGCUCAGGUUUCUGUUCCUGCCCAGACCCUAACUGACCUCCCAGGACAAAGCUCUAAAAACAUCCGUUCAUCUCCAAGCAUUGAGAGUUUGCCUGGAGGAAGAGAGUUCACUGGCUCCCCACCUUCAUCUGCUACUAAAAAGGAUUCCUUUUUCAGCAACAUCUCCCGUUCACGCUCACACAGCAAAACUAUGGGCAGAAAAGAAUCUGAAGAAGAACUAGAAGCCCAGAUUUCCCUCCUUCAAGGACAGUUGAAUGACCUGGAUGCCAUGUGCAAAUACUGUGCGAAGGUGAUGGACACUCAUCUUGUAAAUAUUCAAGAAGUGAUACUACAAGAAAAUUUGGAAAAAGAAGAUCAAAUUCUGGUUUCCCUGGCAGGACUAAAGCAGAUCAAAGACAUUCUAAAAGGUUCCCUGCGUUUCAACCAGAGCCAGCUGGAAGCUGAGGAGAACGAGCAGAUCAGCAUCUCAGACGACCACUACUGCUCCAGCGGCCAGGGUCACCCGCCCAGGGCCACCAAACAGGCCCCUUCAGCAGCGCCGGGGCACAGGGAGAAAGGCGACACGGACGACUUCAUCCUCGUCUCCAAAGACGAUGAAGGGGGCGGCGCCAGGGCGCCCCCGGUCGGCCAGGCUCAGGCCCCGCGGCCCCUCCGGAGCUUGGCCCGGCGCGCCCCGGUGUUCUCAGACCCGCUGACCGGCCCGGCCUCGGCCUCGGCCUCGUCCGGCAGCCCCAGCUCCAGCCCCGACGACGACAGCAGCGGCAACAGCAAGGACUCGGGCUUCACCAUCGUGAGCCCCCUGGACCUCUGACCGCCGCCCGGCCACCCCCGCAGCCCCGUGAAGACGCCUCUGAAACCCAGCCUCUUCCCAGCGCACACAUGGCCUUGGUGCAGCCCUUGAAACCUGCGGAGAGAAGCAGGGGGCCCAAUGAGCACGCCGGCAGACCUUCCCCAAAAUGCAGACGGCUUUUCCCUGUAGCUCACCCAGCCCCGCCAGUAAGGUCCCCGGCAUCACACUCACUGUCCAAAAAGACCAAACCACAGCUAGAAUCACUUGCUCUGUCCUCUCCUCCCCAGCGAAGACGUUGUGGCCACUCCAUCCGGUGUGUCUAGAAGGAAGAAGUGGGUUUCAAAUCUUCCCUCCCCCAGCAGGCAUAGGAAAACUGAUAUCAAGCAAACACUCUCUCUGGAAAUCUGUAUCUCAACCUAUUUCAUCCUUCAUUCCUCCCUUGGGAAGCCAUACAGUAGAGGCCAGGUGCAACCAAAUGGACUAGAACUAGUGGAUCCCAGGGCUGGAGGAAACCUCCCAGAUAGUUCCAGUGCUCUUUAGGAACAGGGCCUAAACUUACCUGCGACCCGGUUCCAGUUUUUUCAUUUGUUAAGGAAUACGUUUCUAAACCUCAGACCACAUCAACUCUGGCCAUCAUUGUCCCUCCUUAAACAAUUGUAUUUCAUCCUUUAGAAUCUUUCGUAGUCAGAAAAGAGGGUCACUUGGCCACGAAUAAGCCAUGACUGUGUGCUCUGCUGAUUUGGGUCAUCGUCUUAAAGGAAGGAGAGAGUGCUCCCUGGAGUGGGAUCUAGACAAGCAGGAGAAACACUGCGACUUGGGGAACAACUCCCCAGCAAGUGCACCUGCUUUUCUUCCUUUGCUUGGCUUAUCCCUUUGAAGAGAGGGCUCAAAAGAAGGCUGACUUUCUUAACAUAUGGAAACAUGGAGCAAACCCUGGGCUGGG